ACGAUGUAACACAUGAACAAGUGACUUCAGAGGAAGUUUAGAUGAAGGCGACAGGAGCGCGGAGGAUCGAAGCUGGAAAACACUUCGGAGGAGCACUGCAACUUUGUGGCUUUGAGCAGACGGUUUAGGAAUAUAGAAUUUUGGGAAGUAAAAUAAAAAUAAACAGCGAAACAUGAUCUGGAUCACCCCUUGGCUGUAAUUCGUGGACUCGUGCGGCUGAUCUUGACAAAUGGGACUGGACACGUUACAAAAUUUUAUGGAUCUGUAGGUGGUGCCAUGGCUGCGGAGAAAUCAAAAAGCUUUCGAAUCGACGCGCUGCUGGCCGACGAUUCUCUCCAGGGAAAGAACCGGCGCAGCCCCGCCCCCCACGGGGCCCCAGGGGGCGUCCAGAGAGCUAAGUCGCAGUUGCAGGACCCUCCUCGUCCAGCCCCAGGAAUCAUCUCUGUGCCCCCCAGUUCAACCCCCGGCAUUUUCCCGGCGCACAUGUGCCCCAUGUCGGCCCUUAACCACCCCGGCUUCGCACUGCUCACCCCGCCGCAUCGGGACCACCUGAAAGCGGGAGGCACGGUGGUCGGAUCGCUGAUCCUGGAGCCCUGGAUUCGGGCUGGGAUCAUGGCCCCGCACCUGCAGGACUGCAGCUCUGCCCUCCCCUCACUUCUGAUGGGCAAGUGCCGCAGACCCCGAACAGCAUUCACCAGCCGGCAGCUCCUGGAGCUAGAAAACCAGUUCAGGCUCAACAAGUACCUCUCUCGACCAAAGCGCUUCGAGGUGGCCACGUCGCUGAUGCUGACUGAAACGCAGGUGAAGAUCUGGUUCCAAAAUCGGCGGAUGAAGUGGAAACGCAGCCGUAAGGUGAAGGGGCAGGAUGGUCCACAAGGGGUGGAAAGCCCACACAAGGUCCAGGGAAAGAACAAGGCGAGGGAUACCCAAGCAGACACUGAGAAUGACAAUGAGCUGGAUGCAGAGCUGGAGGAAGUGGUGCAGUAGCAGUUUGCUGUUUUUGUGGGCUGGAGGUUGGGUUGGAGGUUGACCCAGCUAUCUUGGACUCCCUGUGGCCCACAUGACAGCUGAGCUGUGCUCUAUGUUAUGAUCACGAGAGAGGAGACCCUAAAGAAACAAGGAGACUAUGUUCCCCCAAGGAUCCCACCUGGAUCUGGGGGAACACACUUUAGGAAAACACACAAAGAAUCAUGUUAUGCAUUAUAGGUCGUCUGAUGCAUUUGGGGCACAGUAACAUCAUCAAGAGACAUACACAAGAUGCGGUUUGUAUCUGAACUGAUGUGGGUCAUUACCAGAUUCAGAGGACUCUAAGUGAGACAGUCCCCACCUGUGACAAUAACAUCUUUGAGAUUUAUUUCACAUUUUGUAUGUGGAAGUCGAAUACUUCAUAACUUCACUUUAUCGUUCAUGCAUGUAAAAAAAAAAGCAAUGCAAUGGAACAAGGGCAGUUUCCUGCUCUCCUUGAUGUCAGAAUGUUAUUUUAAGAUUUCAGCAUACCGAAAAGGUCUACAGGAAGUUAAAGGACCAUGUAAGCAUGAUGGUAAUUUGUCCAGUUGCUGUCCUUAUUGGGCAACCUGAUUCUCACUGGAAUGAAUGGAGUUCCCUGAUUUGUUUCCUGAAUUCACUCCAAAAUUCAGCAGGUAAUAUUCUUUUAUUUGACCUUCUGAGAGUGGGACUAUAUAUGAAAGUGAAUUUAAUUAAGCAAGUAUUUUUGACAGAUACAAUAUUUUUUUUUUUACCCUGCUUUAAAUUUCCAGUCUGACCGACACUUGCGCCUUCACUAUUUCUGUUGCUGCCAGAUCCAUCAGGAGUGUGCUGACUGAAAGUCAUCACAAAACACCACACUAUUCAAACAUAGAAAUGCAGAUAAAAUAUACUUUGUCACUGUAUACAAUAAAAUGCAAUUCCGUAUGGCAACCCUCAGAAGAAAGAAAAACUUUUUCAGACUACGAACAGAUGGGUUCAUUCCAUCUUUACUAGUAAAAUUAUUAUUAGUUAUAUUACUAAUAAUCUGAGAAGGAACUAUAUACAAAAUUAAAGGAAAUUUACCCCUACACAAUUUAUUGU